AUGAUAUUUGUCAUCUUAAGUACCAAGUUGGUCUCAAAUUCUGUCAAUGCACCUGCUUGCUGACUGGAUAACAACAUGGACUGGUUUUCUGUGCCUGUGCUCCUAACGUGGCUUCUCCUGCAAGUGGUCUGGAGCCAGCCUGCUCCAGAGACUAUUGAAAUAGACGUAGAUGGAGGAAUUGAUCAAGACAUCUUUGACAUCAAUGAAGCUUUAGGACUAGACCUUUUUGAGGGAGACAUCAAACUUGAUCGGGAGCGAAACUCCAUCAUUGGUGACAACUAUCGGUGGCCCCAUGUUAUCCCCUAUGUCCUUGACGAUAGCCUGGAAAUUAAUGCUAAGGGACUCAUCCUCAAGGCAUUUGAACAGUAUCGACUCAAAACCUGUAUUGAUUUCAAACCUUGGGAAGGAGAGGAGAAUUAUAUAUCUGUGUUCAAAGGAAGUGGUUGCUGGUCCUCAGUGGGAAACCGCCAGAUGGGCUUGCAGCAGCUCUCGAUCGGAGAGAACUGUGACAGGAUUGGGACCAUUCAGCACGAGUUCCUUCACGCACUGGGCUUCUGGCACGAGCAGUCGCGGUCUGACCGGGAUGACUACGUGUCCAUCAUCUGGGACAGGAUUCAGUCCGGUAAAGAACAUAAUUUCAAUAAAUAUGAUGAUAAAACAUCAGACUCCCUGAACGUUCCCUAUGACUAUACAUCUGUGAUGCACUAUAGCCAAACUGCAUUCAGGAACGGGACUGAACCAACAAUUGUAACAAACAUUCCAGACUUCAUGGAUGUAAUAGGGCAGCGAAUGGAUUUCAGCGAUUAUGAUCUCCAGAAACUGAAUCGGCUGUACAAUUGCUCCUCCUCCCUAAGUUUCAUGGACACAUGCAGUUUUGAACUUGAAAACAUUUGUGGCAUGAUUCAAAGUUCAGAUGACAGCAGUGAUUGGCAGCGUUUGUCUCAGGUUCCUACUGGGCCUCAUACUGAUCAUACUAACAUGGGAGAGUGCGAAGGUUCGGGCUACUUCAUGCAUUUCAAUACCAGUGCUGUCACACAGGGAAGCACAGCUUUCCUGGAGAGCCGGAUUCUGUAUCCCAAAAGAGGCUUUCAGUGCUUGCAAUUCUAUUUCUAUAACAGUGGAAAUGAAAGUGAUCUGCUCCGUGUCUGGGUCAGGGAGUAUUCUUCAGCCGAUCCAAAUGGUACUUUGAGAUUCAUUGAACAGAUAAAAGGUGCACCUGCAAAUUACUGGCAGCUCCAUCACGUUUCUUUGAAUGUCACAAGUAAAUUCCGGGUGGUGUUUGAAGGUGUGAGAGGAACUGGCUUGUCAAAUGGAGGCCUCUCUAUUGAUGACAUCAACUUGUCAGAAACACAGUGUCCUCACCACGUCUGGCAUAUCAGAAAUUUCACUCAUCUCCUCAACACGAGUCCUGCAGGGACAGCAGGACGAAUAUACAGUCCACCUUUUUACUCUAGUAAAGGAUAUGCUUUUCAGGUCGGCUUGUAUGUAAAUGGUACCGCUGAUAGCCCAUUUAAUUUAGCAAUCUACUUGCAUUUGAUUUCUGGAGCAAAUGAUGAUCAGUUGCAAUGGCCCUGUGCAUGGCAACAAGGUACCAUGAUUCUGCUUGACCAGCAUCCUGAUAUUCGUCAACGGAUGUCAAACCAAAGAAGUAUAACAACAGACCCUCAGAAAUUAACAGCGUCUUCAUCAAAUUAUUUUUGGGAUAGGCCAGAUAAAGUGGGAUCAACAGCUUACUUUCCCAAUGGAACUGCAUUCAUGAGAGGUCCAGGAAGUGGAACAAGUGCAUUCUUAACUCAUCAGAGACUCAGAAGUCGCGACUUUAUUAAAGAAGACGGUAUUUAUAUUCUUUUAACAAUGGAAGAUAUAUCACAUCUAGUAUCAACUCAGCCAAGUGUUUCACCAACCUUUGUCAUGAAUACUUCCACUGCCAACACUGUUAGACCUACCACCACCACCACCAUCACCAAGCCCACCACCACCACCACCACCAAGCCCACCACCACUACCACCAAGCCCACCACCACCACCACCAAGCCCACCACCACCACCACCACCACCACAGCUAAGUCUACCACCACCAAAACACCCGAGGAGCCAGACAUAGAUACUCCAGACUCCUGUCCAGACAACCCAUGUGAAAAUGACGGUGUCUGCGUUAUUGUAGAUAGAAAAGCAGUGUGCAGAUGUCCAGCAGGGGACAACUGGUGGUACAUGGGAGAAAAGUGUGAAAGGAAAGGCUCAACUCAAGAAAACACUAUAAUUGCUGUUUCUUCAAGCAUAACUGUAUUUGUUGUUAUGCUUAUUGUCACUAUCACAACUGCGGUUUGCCUUAAAAAGAAAUACAUCAAAGGAAAGGAAAAAGCAGAGAGCCUGGCUCUAGAAGAAGAAGAAAAUAAAACAUCCUUCUGAAAAUAAUUCAAACAAGCAUCAAAGACACAAGAUGAAGAUCAUUGAAAAACCCCAACUAUGUCAUCAUUCUUUCUGUUGUUUUAAUCUCAGCCAUCAUGAUAAAGGUUUGUAAAGUCUGGAAGAUAAUGCAUCAUCUGGAUAAAAUACUGGGCUAAUGCCAGUGAAACUUCUGAUGUUGUGUGUUUUUGCCAUGCAAUGGAGAAAGAUAGAAAUGUGUUUUGUGAUAUGCCUGUGUUGUCCUUUAAGUCUAUCUGAACAUGAAGGAAGCGUGUAAAACUCUGUCCUGACUUUGAAUCUACACAGUAAAGUCCAAGCUUGCCAUCUAGAGUUGCCCAUCAUAUAAGGGAACUGGGCUCUGUGAUCAAGGGACACACAGGAGUACUAAGUUCUGCUACAGCUGUCAGCAGUGAGAGAGUGUGGGGGGUGUGAGAACAUCUGUUUCAUGAAGUCAUUUGGUUUUGAUCUACCAAAUAAAAUAAAUAAAUAAAUAAAAAGAAGUAAUGAGGAAAGUGCUACAUUAACCGCACAGACACACAAACACAGGAGACAAUAAUGAGGACCCAGAACUCUUCAGCCACCGAUUGAUGGGCCAUUAAAGGAACUACUCAAGCAUAGUCCUGAAGAAUGUGAACCUGAACUAUAAAUCACAACUGAUAAGACGGGGGAAACACAAUUUGCAUGAGUAUUAUGGUUUAUUUGAGGCUUCUUGGGAUAUUGGCUAUCAGAAGUGGAUUAUUGUGGGUUUAUGUAAAAAUUGUUAUGGGACAUUUAAGGGAAGAACAAAAGGGUCCAAAGGAAAGGAGAGGAUCAUGAUGGAUCAGAGAGGUAUACAUGUGAGAAAAUGGUGCCAGCAACUGCAGAGACCAGCAUACAAAUGAGAUCUGUGUGUCAACAACUGGAGGCGAGAUCACAGGUCUUAGGGCACAUGAGUCUGGAUGCUAGCAUGCGGAGGGAUGGCAAUGCAAGAAGUCUGUGUGCUAGUUAAUGGGGGACUGUGGGCUGCAGAGCUUGGAGGUCUGAAAUGCCAGUGACUGGAGGGACUGGUGUGUGUGUGUCAAAAGGUUGGAGUGCCAGCAGCUGGAGCCGAGGCCAUGGGAACCAUGGGUGUUGUUCUAGGUGGCAGCAACCAGAGAGCUUGGGGUGCCUGUGAGGGUGUAAGAAGCCUUAAGUGCUAGCAACUAGAGAGCUGUGCUUUAUUUCCUCAUUUAAUUCAAUCCUUUAUUUGUGUGUGUAUAAUUAGUUAGCAAACCUCAAGCUGGACUAGCUGGCGAGCAGGAGGAAAUGCACAUAUGGAAAGACUUUUGGUGUGAGCCGGUGGUUAGGUUAGGGAGCCCAGGGUUCAGAUGUGGAUAUUAGGCAGACUAAGAGCUGCUGCCUACACUGCUCUGUGAGUGUGGCAGUCUGUGAGGCCAGCUGCAUUAGGGAUCUGCCUGUAUGUGUACUAUGUGUCUUGGAUGCACGGUACCCUUGCUACAGGCAGACCUGCCAGCUGGAAGAGCAGCUGCAUCCCUGGGACUGGGAUGAAGAGAUCAUCUGGGCACAGUAGCCAGGCAGGAGGGGUCCCAGGUCUGAUGAAUUUGUUGGCUCCCUUAGCACCCCUAAAAUGGGUGGUCUGCAAUUCAGGUGGGGGUUUGAGAACAGAGCAGGCUUGGAAAUGGAAGGGACAGAGGAAGCAAACUGUUCUUUCCAAGGAUAUUUGCAGGGUAAGAUAGCAGUCACCAUGGACAAAGAUCAUCACACUUGCAGCAGUUUCGAAGGGACUCCAAGAGACAGGAGUGCUAGUGAUAGAAAUGUCAGGUCACACCAGAUGGUUGGUAGACUGGUAUGUGAAUAUGUUCACAUUUAAAGGUCAGCAGCUACUUUGAUUCCCCAGAAUGGAUGUUGAUGAUCAUAACAUUUAUUGUGUAAUUUACCCUAACUCUGGGCAAGAGCAGUUCAAAUAUGUGGAAUAUAUGGAGCUAGUCUUCCUCUGAAUGCUACUGCACAAUACAAAGCAACAAAUUGUAUGGUUCUGUACUGACAUUACUUUUCUAGUCCUCUGAUUAAUAUUCUGUGAAAAGUAGUUAUAUUUUAAGCUUUCAUAGCUGGUUGUAUUAGCUUUUGUUGGAACCCAAAGAUUCAUGAAAACAGUCAGACAAAAUUAACAAAGAUUUGUCAGAGCUGACAAACAUCCUGGAUAGGGAGAUACCCUACUAUAGCUGUCUUAAAAUAACUUUCCUAUUUUGACAUGUCUUCAUCAGCAGUUUUCAUGCAAAUAAUUCUCCAAAUGUGCCUUCAAUUAAGAUAUGCACAUAGAUUUACAUGGAGUUAAGAAGACACAAAUGAGACUGUUCAUAAAUUCAACCCUGGCUAAAAUACUUAGCAUUAUAAACAGUGAGCAUUUCAUCAUUUCAAACACGAAGUACUGGAUUUGUGACUGCAGAGACUGUUUGAUUUUUUUUGGAAUCCAAAUUAUAUGAAGUAGCAUAAAUACUACCUGAAUUGUAAAGGCUUUAGUGCUGUCACAAGAAGAAAGCUUAAUACAUAGAACAAUACAUUACAACACGCUGUCUAAGAUACAAAUUCCAUAGAGUAUAUCCUGAAAUGGUGAACUUCCAUGGAAAAAAAGAAAAAAGAAAAAAAAAAAAAAA